CCAUUAACACCUUCGUUAUAUAUUAUUACAUGUAAAUGUUUACAUGUUUUAACAAACGUCGCUAGAUAGCUACACGUUUCCGUUGCUGUUACAUCAUUAGCUGGACAUCUCGGUUACGUGUACGCAGGGUCAAAAGUGUCCUUCCUUGCAGCAAUGAUGGCCAGUAACUGACAGAUGCACUCUAUCAUUUAAAAGCACAUGCAACUAGAUAGCUGCUAUUGCACAGAAUUGCUUUCAGUAGAUAGCUGCUGAGCCUGACGCACACACACACAUGGGGUUGCUGUCAGCGCUGACGCGGGGAUUGGUGCGGGGGACGCGCCGCAUGGCGGCCUCCACCACCAAACGCGGCCCCCGGACUAUGAACAGGGGCGGGCCCGCGAGGCCCACCGGCGUGCUCACCUCCAGCAGGAAGUUUGUGAGGAUAAGGGAGAUGGUUCCGGAAUUCGUGGUUCCUUCCCUGGAGGGGUUCAAGCUGAAGCCGUACGUGUCCUACCGCACCCCCGAUGGGACGGAGCCCGCCCUCACCCCGGAGGCCCUCUUCUCCCAGGCUGUUGCCCCGCAGAUCAAGAAGGACAUUGAGAACGGAACGUUCAACCCGGAUCAGCUGGAGAAAUAUGGAUUCGAACCCACGCAGGAAGGAAAACUAUUCAAGCUUUACCCUAAGAAUUUUGUGCGGUAGACCAGACUCUUCCUAUCGCCAUUAAACAACUUGGCGGGAAGUGGACACUUUCUACAGUUGACCUAGCUGAUUAGCAGCUGGGAACAGUGGCAUUCCAGAAUAAACUUUAUUUAAACUCUCUGUUCA